AUGAAGCUCAUUGCUACGACUCUCUUGCUGGCGGCUGUCGUCUCCAACGUCGAAGCCCAUGGACGCCUCGUCAAGCCGCCUCACCGCGGUUACAUUGGCAAGUUGCCCCAAUUCAAAGACUUCGUCCCCACUGAUUAUUCGGACCACGGCCUGAACGGCGGCGGCAUUGAGCAGACCAAGAGCGGUAAGCACGGUGUCUGCGGCGACCCGUACAACGGCAACCGUGCCCACGAGACUGGUGGGGUCUAUGGUCUGUUCCCAACCCACGGCGCCAAGGUCAUUGGCGACUGCUACGCCCCCGGUGCCACGAUGGACCUCCAAGUCCAGAUCACGGCCAACCACAAGGGCUACUUUGAGUUUGGUCUCUGCAAGCUCAACGGCAAGGGCGACAAGGAGACCGAAGAGUGCUUCCAGACGCUCUCGCAGCCCAACGGCGAGAAGCAGUGGCAGCUUCCCGCGGGCGCCGACUUUUUCAAGAUGCAGUACAAGCUGCCGUCGGAUGUCAAGUGCGACGGUGACUCGCACUGCGUGCUUCGGUGGUGGUACGUCGGUGGCAACAACCCGGGCGUUGGCAUCAACGGCCAGGAGCAGUUCUGGAACUGCGCCGAUAUCUACAUCAGCGACACGUGCGGGUCGGACCCGAAGCCGUCGCCGAGCUCGGCCAAGCCUACGCCGGCACCUUCGGAUGCCCCUACUUCCAAGCCGAGUAACGUGCCCAGCCCGACGACCGAGGAACCGUGCGAACCGACGACGUCCAAGCCGAUCCCGUCGAAGACGCCGUUGCCCAAGCCGACGUCCAAGACGCCCGUGCGCCCCACGAUGAAGCCGACUACGAAGCCAACUACCAAGCCGACUACUAAGCCGACUACCAAGCCCAUUUCGGGUGGCGGCAAGAAGGUUUGGGAGCAGUGCGGUGGCAAGGACUACACGGGCAGCACUGAAUGCGUCGGCGGCAGCACCUGCGUCAAGCAAGACGAGUGGUACUCUCAGUGCGUGCCCAAGCGCCUCCGUUAA